CCGGAAGUAGACUACGACCCACUCUUUUCUCUUUGCUCCGUGGCAUUUUGCAACACAAGCUACCUGCGGUGGGUGGUUGGACACGGAACCCACGUUCCUACGCGCAGGCAGGAAUGGACAAAGACGGGAGCAGGUGAUCAUUGCAUGGAUUCCCACAGGACCAAUGUUUGAAGACUCUGAUUCAUUGGAGCCAAGUGCUGCGACCUUCACAGAAAAUGACAUAAGUGGCCCUCCAAAUCUAGAAGGUGGUGUGCAGAAACAUAUUGUAAGUAAUGUGAUCUGAGGGGAAAGGGAAUGCAGACUUUGCAGCUAUAGCUUGUAUGUGAGCGUGAUGCCCAGGCGGGGGUUGCCGCUCCAGGGCCGGGUCCGCUGGCUCUUCCUGGGGCUUUUCCUGCUGCUGGUGCUGCUGCUGUUUGCGUACCUGCUGGAGUGCACACCUCCGGCAGACGUCAGCUUGGUCCUGCCCGGGCUAGCAGGAGAGACCUAUGGAAAGGAGUAUUACCAGGCCCUGCUGCAGGAACAGGAGGAGCGUCACCUAAACCGUGCCGCCAGUCUCAAGCGCCAGAUUGCCCAGCUCAAGCAGGAGUUGCAGGAAAUGAGUGAGAAGCUGAAGCUCCUGCAGGACAAGAAGGAGCUCCCCGGGGUGCAGGGCCUGGCUGACGCUAAAGACCAAGAGCCGGGAGAUCUGCUGGAGUACUUGCACUCUCAGAUCGACAAGGCUGAGGUCAACACAGGGGCGCGCCUGCCCAGCGAGUACGCCCUGGUGCCCUUUGAGAGUUUCACCUCAUCCAAGGUGUAUCAGCUGGAGAUGGGGCUGACGCGGCACCCGGAGGAGAAACCUGUCCGCAAAGAUCGCAGGGAUGAGCUGGUGGAGGUCAUCGAGGCCGCGCUGGACAUUAUCAACAACCCUGAUGAGGAGGACGGCGUGGAGGACGACAUGCCGAUGCAGAGACAAACCUACACAGAGGGUCACUUUACUGAGGGACUGUACAGGACAGAGCGAGACAAAGGGACACUUUACGAGCUCUUCUUUGCCAAAGAGGAAUCCAGCAGCUUCCGCCAUGUCACGCUCUUCAGGCCUUUUGGUCCCUUAAUGAAAGUCAGGAGCACAUCUGUAGAAACAUCAGGAAUGAUUAUUAACAUCAUCGUGCCGCUGGCGGGCAGAGUAGAAACUUUCUCACAGUUCUUACACAACUUCAGGGAGGUGUGCAUACAGCAGGACAGACGAGUGCAUCUCACAGUGGUUUAUUUUGGGCAGGAAGGUCUACAGGAGGCGAAGUCAUCAUUGGAAAAAAUGUCAAGGGAGGAGAGCUUCUCCAAUUACACCCUGAUCCCAGUGAACGAGGAGUUUUCACGAGGUCGGGGUCUGGACAUCGGAGCCCACGCCUGGAAGAAAGGCGACGUCCUAAUGUUUUUUUGUGACGUCGACAUCCAUUUUACACUUGAGUUCCUAAACACCUGUCGUCUCCACGCUGCUCCGAACAAGAAAGUCUUCUAUCCAGUGGUUUUCAGUCUGUACAAUCCUGCCAUUGUCUAUGGAAAUUUGGAGCUGGCUCCACCCAUUGAACUCCAACUGAUUCACAAAAAGGACGCUGGAUUCUGGAGAGAUUUUGGAUUUGGAAUGACGUGUCAGUAUCGCUCAGAUUUUCUAAAUAUUGGAGGGUUUGAUCUGGAGGUGAAAGGCUGGGGUGUGGAAGACGUCCACUUGUACAGGAAGUAUCUUCGGAGCGACCUGAUCGUGAUCCGGACUCCGGUGUCCGGCCUUUUCCACCUGUGGCACGAGAAGCAGUGUGCGGACGAGCUGACGCCCGAGCAGUACCGCAUGUGCAUCCAGUCCAAAGCCAUGAACGAGGCCUCCCACUCUCAUCUGGGCAUGCUGGUUUUCCGCGAGGAGAUCGAGGCGCACCUGCGCAAACAGGCUUUCAAGACUCAGAGCAAAACAGAGGAUUAAGCAAGGCUCCGCCCACCCGACGUCAUUCCAACGUUAAGACUGAGAGGUGCUGACAAUAUUAACACAUUACAGCAAAGACGUGUUUACAUGGAUCCUUCUGCAUUUCACUGCACAGCUGUAGACAAAUGAAUGUACAAAAAACGUUGAUCAAUGUAAAACUUCACAACAUGGUACAACUCUUAUUGACGAGCUACAGCAGAAUCAAACACAAGCACAUGAUCAAAUGAGUAACAUUUAACCUGCUGAAGGAAAAGUUACACGUGUAGAACAAGUAAUAUAUCUCUUGGAUUUAUGUUGACAUUGUGUUUUUACAUACUGCAGUCAUUUGAAUAAGCAUGCAGUUAUUAAGCCAUCCUACCUGCUUCAAACAUGGCACCCGACUUGUAAACCAGUUCCUUCACCUUCUCCGCUGCUGAAUAUGACGUCAGCCGGAAGAUUCCAGCUGUUUCAGAUGAUUAGCGUCUUCCAAAAGUGUGUCAGACAAGCCCAACCAGCUGUCAGCGUUUGGAAUGGCUUUUUAAUUGAAAAAUGAAAGUUUGAAAGCUGCACUUUCUCAAAAGGAAGUUAAAAAAAUGUAAGUCGACCCUACAAGAACCAGUAAAUUUCUGCUGGUUAUCAACUUUAGAUCAAAGCAAUCUUUCACUUUAAACAGUAAAUUAGCAGUUGUUUAUGGAGCCAUACUGUUCUGUUAAUAAUAUAUAUAAAUAUAUAUAGGUUGGCAUCGUGGUAAAAAAGGGACCUUUUUGUGCGUGUUUUAUGUGACAGUCGGUCACUAUCUUGUUUUGCUGAUGAGUUUCCAAGUGGUCGGUUUAACAAAGAAGCAUGUUGAUCAAAUAGUGAAAGAGCCAGGAGCAAAGAUCUGCUUAUAGCAUGCAGCACUAUGAUAUCAGGACUCUGAUAACCAGUAUAAUUGUCCAAAUAACAGACCUGUCAUUUCUGCCCAGUGGUACUCGCUCACAGCGCUGUGAGUCCUAAUACUGGGCUGAGAUUGAAUGUUACAGCCACUAUUGUAAAUACUUUUCUAAAUAUUCCUUUGUUUCGUACACGUGACUUGAAUACUUUUGUCGUACGUGCCUACAUGCUUUAAGUGACAUGAAAUGUUGAAGCGAUUGUUUUGAUAAUGUCUGGAGCUGUGUUGGAGCUUGUUAAUUUUACUCCAUUUCAUAUUGAGGGAGGAUGUUGCAGCCGAGGGGCGCAGUCACAGGUGAGAGGUGUAACGUUCAUGAGUACAGCUUUGGUGGAGCAGGCAAGAAGUGCUUUAUUUUUCUCACAAAGAAAGCAGGUUUUUCUUGCCUCUCAUCCUGUACUGUAAUUAUUUUUGAAUCAAUGUUUUUGCAGAUAUUCCAGCUUUUUGUAGAUAGUCUUAAUGUCUCCUCGUCCUGCAGGAGAAAUGUUCCAUGUCUUCCUCUCAGCAGUUCACAACAAUUCAAACAGAACUUGUGCAAGGAAAUGAUUUAUUUUGACAUUUUGUCCAUGAAAUAAAACUUACAGAAGGCUGCAUUAACUGCUGCUAUGUUA